CGAGAGCCAAGAAGAUUACAGGCGCGAGGAAGGUGAGGGAAAGGAGGACAGGAGAGGAAAAAGACGGCGUUGACUUUGACCAUAAAUAAGUAGGCGUCUGUGCUUUUGUAACAUUAGGGGAAAAGAAGACUGCACUGGUUUCGGAAUAAUAACAAUUCCGCAUAUGAAUGAGACCAAAACUAUGAAAGCGCGUGCGUAUUUGAGCCUUACCUUUCCGAUUGCCCAAUAGAUUACUGAUAGGAUAGAAUUACAAUAGUCGCACCCGGACAAUAAAAAGUGGCCAGUCCGAAGAUCAUGGAGUAUAGAGCAGAAAUAAAAAAUAGCUAGCGUCAGAAGAUUAAAGAAGACGCUAAACAAAAAAACAAAAAACUUGGAGCAGCUUGAACCUGUUAAAGAAUGAAUUUUAGCACUAUUCGGAACUUCAUCACAAGAUGGUGUGCUGGAGAGGAGAACUGGGUGGAUACCAGGACGGUGUACAUUGGACACAAGGAACCCCCUUCGGGAUCUGAGGCCUACAUCCCCCAGAAAUACCCAGACAACCGCAUUGUCUCCUCUAAGUACACCUUCUGGAAUUUUGUACCGAAGAAUUUGUUUGAGCAGUUCCGGAGGGUUGCCAAUUUCUACUUCCUUAUCAUAUUUCUUGUACAGCUGAUCAUUGACACUCCCACCAGCCCCAUCACCAGUGGGCUGCCUCUGUUCUUCGUCAUCACCGUCACGGCCAUCAAACAGGGCUAUGAGGACUGGCUCCGGCACAAAGCAGACAACGCUAUUAACCAGUGUCCAGUGAACGUGGUGGAAGGCGGCGAGGUGGUCAGGAAGCAGAGCCGCAAGCUCAGGGUGGGUGACGUGGUGCUGAUGAAGGAGGACGAGACGUUCCCCUGCGACCUCAUCCUGCUGUCUACCAGUAGGGAGGAAGGCACGUGCUUCGUCACGACGGCAAGUCUGGACGGGGAGUCCAGUCACAAGACCUACUAUGCUGUGCAAGACACUAAGGCAUUCACCACAGAGGAGGAUUUUGAUACUCUUCUGGCUUCCAUUGAAUGUGAACAACCACAACCAGACCUCUACAAAUUUGUGGGCCGAAUCAAUAUUUAUUCAGACAGAAACGAGCCCAUUGCAAGACCUUUGGGAUCUGAGAAUCUUCUUCUCAGAGGGGCGACACUGAAAAACACCCAACAUAUAUAUGCUGUUGCCAUCUACACAGGCAUGGAGACCAAAAUGGCUCUAAACUACCAGUCCAAAUCUCAGAAACGCUCCGCAGUAGAAAAGUCCAUGAAUGCGUAUCUGGUAGUGUACCUAUGCAUUCUGAUCAGCAAGGCUCUGAUCAACACCGUGCUGAAGUAUGUGUGGCAGGCUGACCCCGACAGAGACGAGCCCUUCUAUAACCAGAAGACUGACACAGAGAGGCAGCGUCAUAUAUUGAUCCGGGCAUUCACAGACUUCCUGGCCUUCAUGGUGUUGUUUAAUUACAUCAUCCCCGUCUCCAUGUACGUCACUGUGGAGAUGCAGAAGUUCCUGGGGUCUUACUUCAUCAUGUGGGACGAUGAGAUGUUUGACGAAGAGCUCGGGGAGAGGGCCCAGGUCAACACGUCUGACCUCAACGAGGAGCUGGGACAGGUGGAGUACGUGUUUACAGACAAGACUGGCACACUGACGGAGAACAACAUGGAGUUUAUAGAGUGCUGUGUGGACGGCCAUGUUUACGUGCCUCAGGCCAUCUGCAACGGACAGGUGUUGCCAGGGGCGAUGAGCAUGGACAUGAUCGACUCUUCCCCUGGACCAGGUGGUAAGGAGACGGAGGAGCUGUUCUUCCGGGCCUUAUGUCUCUGCCACACGGUCCAGGUGAAGGAGGAGGAAACGGUGGAUGGCAUCAAGAUGGGCCUCCACCAGGGCAAAUCCACCUCCUUCUACAUAUCGUCCUCUCCUGACGAGGUGGCACUGGUCGAAGGAAUGAAGAGGCUUGGAUUCACCUAUCUGAGGCUGAAGGACAGUCACAUGGAGCUUCUAAACAGGGAGGAUGAGGUUGAGAGGUUUGAGCUGCUGGAGGUGUUGACUUUUGACUCGGUGAGGAGAAGAAUGAGUGUGAUCGUCAGAUCGAGUGGAGGGGAGCUGUACCUGUUCUGCAAAGGGGCCGACUCCUCCAUCUUCCCCAGGGUGAUUUCUGGCAAGGUGGCACAGGUCAAAGCCAGAGUGGAGCACAACGCUGUGGAGGGCCUGCGGACCCUGUGCGUGGCGUACAGGAAGUUGAGCGUGGAUCAGUACGAGGAGACCUGUCACCUGCUGAACAGCGCCAAGCUGGCCCUGCAGGACCGGGACAAGAAGCUGUCCGAGGCCUAUGACCUCAUCGAGAAGGACUUCAUACUUUUGGGCGCCACUGCAGUUGAGGACAGACUCCAAGACAAGGCGGCAGACACCAUCGAGUCCCUCCACAAGGCCGGGAUGAAGGUGUGGGUCCUGACAGGGGAUAAGAUGGAGACGGCAGCUGCUACCUGCUACGCCAGCAAGCUGUUCCGUCGCUCCACCCAGAUACUGGAGCUGACCACUAAGCGCACCGAAGAGCAGAGUCUUCACGAAGUCCUAUUUGACCUGAGCAGGACUGUGCUCAGACAGCACGGCACCAUGACCAGAGACACCUUCUCAGGUCUGUCCACUGACUGUGUGGACUAUGGUCUGAUCAUCGACGGGGCCACAUUGUCAGCUGUGCUGAAGCCCAGCCAGGAGGACUCCAGCCAGGGGAACUACAAGGAGAUCUUCCUGGAGAUCUGUAGGAACUGCAGCGCUGUGCUCUGCUGUCGUAUGGCUCCCCUACAGAAGGCCCAGAUCGUGAAGCUGAUCAAAGCAUCUCCAGAACAUCCCAUCACGCUAGCAAUUGGAGAUGGAGCUAACGACGUCAGCAUGAUCCUGGAGGCUCAUGUGGGCAUUGGCAUUAUGGGUAAAGAGGGCCGGCAGGCAGCGCGGAACAGUGACUACGCCAUCCCGAAGUUCAAACACCUGAAGAAGAUGCUGCUUGUUCAUGGACACUACUACUACAUCCGCAUCUCAGAGCUCGUCCAGUACUUCUUCUACAAAAAUGUUGCCUUUAUCUUCCCUCAGUUCCUCUAUCAGUUUUUUUGUGGCUUCUCCCAACAGCCUCUGUAUGACACCGCCUAUCUAACGCUGUACAACAUCAGCUUCACGUCUCUGCCCAUUCUGCUCUUUAGCCUCAUUGAGCAGCACAUCAACAUGGACAUCCUCAAAAAAGACCCCUCCCUCUAUAGAGACAUAGCUAAGAACUCUCUCCUGCGUUGGCCCAUCUUUAUCUACUGGACAUUUUUGGGGGUGUUUGACGCAGUUGUCUUCUUCUUCGGUGCUUACUUCUUGUUCUACAACACCACCUUCACCAGCAAUGGACAGCUAAUGACCACCAACACACAGAUGAUGUUUGGCAACUGGACGUUUGGUACUCUGGUCUUCACAGUGCUGGUGUUCACAGUCACACUAAAGCUGGCCCUGGACACACACUACUGGACAUGGAUCAACCAUUUUGUCAUCUGGGGCUCGUUGCUGUUCUUCGUCAUCUUCUCUCUGCUCUGGGGAGGCAUCAUCUGGCCUUUCCUGAACUACCAGAGGAUGUACUACGUGUUCAUGCAGAUGUUAUCCAGUGGUCCGGCCUGGCUGAGCAUCAUCCUGCUUAUCGUCACCAGUCUCCUGCCGGACGUUGUCAAGAAGGUUGUCUCUAGGGCCCUGUGGCCUACAACCACUGAGCGCAUCCAGAACGCAGACAAGCUGUAUAACGGCCAGCUGUCGGAGUUCACACCGCUGGCGUCUCUUCACGCUCCAACGCGCAGAGCGGCCGACCCCCAGAACGCCGUCCCCAGAAGGUCUGAACCCCUCAGCAAAAAAACCAUGUUCACCCACUGGAGGGGCGGGAACGACUACUGCACUUUCACACCCCUCCUCCGAUUCGCCGACAACUCCCGUCACUUGGGGGCGGGCUAUGCCUACAAUGGGGCGGGGCCUGAGACGUCGGUAUAGUCGAGUGGCGUUCAGUAUGAUUUAGACUACACGUCCGAAGUUUAGUAUCUCAUUUAGCCUGCAGGUCUAAGACCACAUUGCAGUCUUGCACAGUUUACCACUGGAACAAUCUGCACUGGCCUUCUAGCCGGAGAAUGGCUGAAUAAUCUAGGUAUGUGCAGUUACCGAUGUCUUUGAAAAGGAUAAACACAUCUAACACAUAGAGGAGGACAGUGUCUGUUCACACACGGCCCCGGUCCAACUGAACAGACUUGGCUCCAGAUGUGCGCAGGGAUUGGUGGAAAGGCCCUUUGCUCCACCUACAGAUGUCUAACCAGAGUUGACCCCCUCAGACUGCAAUGUGAGUCCCCCCCCCCCCGUGUCCCUUCCAGGCAGAUGUCUGUCAAGUCUCCCGACGAUGAUGUCAUUCAAGGUGUUUGUGGGAAAGCAGGGAUGUCAGUAUUAGAAGACAAGUGUCUAGAAUGACUUAAGGCUGUUUUGAGGUAUCGCAUGUUGCUUUAACUGACCAGAAUCUUCCUGUUUUUGUUUUGUCUUUGUUUCCUCUUUCUCUCUCUUUCUGUCCUGCUUUUUGUAGAACAAACUGGUGUUGCCUCUGCGCAAAUCUCUUAUUGAGGAACACACCAUAAGACACAUUUGUCUUUUCCAAUAUUGUUGUAAGUGGCUAGGCUGGGAUAGUCAUUCAUCUCUGCUAGAUUAGACACAGUUCAGUGUACUGAGUGUGCGUGUGUGUGUGUGUGUACGCGCUCGUGUAUGUGUGUGUCUUCUGUGCGUGUGUGUCUGUACGUGUACGAGACUGGCCUUAUGUCUUCUGUGGUGUUAUUGGGUUUUCCUGUUUCAUCUUGCAAACAUCCCAUUCCCUGACAUGAAAUCUAAGGCGUUCUGGGCCUGGCUCAAAGCUCGAAAAAGCAGACCGUUGAACUCGUAUUCAUUGGAUUCCUUAUCUGCCUUAACAUCUACAGUGUUUCAUUUGAUAUACAGCAGUAUGAAGGACAAGACGAGGCUUAACAAUGGCUUGCCUUACUGGUUCUUAUCUUUGACUGAGACUGGACUUGUACCUUCUGACAUCUCUCCCUCACACGGGAAGCCUUAAGGAGCAGCGAAUGGUUGUCAUAGAAAUACAAUGUAUAGAACCUACAUAGUUAGAAUCUGAUAGGUGCUUUGUUCUGUCCAGUGGCUUAAAUAGCACACCCAUGGAUGUCUCUCUCUGCAUAUAAGGAUGUUAUAAUUGACCAGGCAGAGUCUGGUAAGGGCCUUAUCUGUCAAUGUCGGCGUCGUCCAUAUAGGACAUCUCCUUGCAAUUCUACGUGUUUGUUUCCCUCUGCACUCUUUUUCGUGUCCCUUUCCCCGCUCUCGUUUCUCACUCUCGCCUCCUUUCUUCUCCCCCGUCGAUAUGACGCUCGUGCGGGUCUGUCCUCUCCCCCCCUCACUACAGCCUGCUCUCAUCCAGUCGUCGGUUCACUCCUUCAGCAUGCCUCUCCGCUCCAGCCUUUCUCCAUCCAUCCCACGAGAACCCAGUCUGAGUGUGCCGGGUGUAAGGGGAGGCGGGGAGUGGGGGAGUGAGGGGGGGAGUGAGGGGGGAGUGGUCAUUGCACCCCAACCAAAGGUUUUUAUGGACACGUCUAGCGUCUUGAUAGUAGGUGCCUCCGGUGCCGCGGAAGCUGCCUUGUGGGAUUUUUCACACCGAUGCACAAACGUGUGCGGACGUCCCAAAUAGAGAUGGUAUUCAGUGUGUGCGUGUGCGCGAGAGUGCGUGUGCAAGGGUCCGUUCAAUUAAACGCAGCAGUGAUAUUUAAGAUGGCUGUCUGCUGUUAGCGGGUACAAUGAAUCUCUACUGACAUAUGCAGACACGCCACGAUCAAAACUACAGCACUGGAAUAUUUUAGGCAUCGCUAUGAUAGAGGUGAUGUUUACAAGUGUUUAGUAAAUAGAUGAUUGUAUUGGUAUAGGAUGCAGCGACUGGCUAAGUCAUUAGAUUACUCCGAAAAUUGUGAGAUUAUUUUUUUUUAUUCAGAGUCCUGUGAUUCUGUUAGAGUAUGAAAGACUGGUGUGACUUAACUGUUCAGUGUGUUCGUGUUUAGAAAGCUGAUUGACAUGGACGCUUGGCAUGCGCUUCGUCUGCCUCUGUCAUGAUGAUGGAUGUACUGGGCUGUUCUUUUUAGCAGUCUUUCUCUGACUGCUGAAAGCUGUAAUAGGACAUUUCUGUCUCUUUGUGCUGCUUUGAUGUCUUGUCCAUUAAAGUACUUAUUUGCAAAAUGCUUGAAAACUUGAACCAAACUAGCACAUUGCAUACAUUGCUUGUAUUGGCUAGAAUUAAUUAUGUUCAUAUUUUGUAUGUUACAUUUUUUCUUUUAAAAGAUGUAUUGUCCUUUGAUCUAACCUGAACACUUAGAGUCUUGAGGAAUAUUGUUUUUUGUGACCUACAACUCCUCGGAAAGUCAAAAGAAAGAGAGAAUAUGUGCAUUUUACUGUUUUAGUGUUGCUGACUAUUCAUCAGAAUAUUGAAUGUAUCAGAAGCCCAUAGUCUUAAGUCUGUCAUUGUGACAUCAAAUAUCUGCUGUUUAUAACUGUAGUACUGGCAGAAAAUCCGAAUGGAUGCUGUUGAACAAAUCUUCCUUGUUCAGCUCUGAACUUGUUUGCUGCUGUUAGAUCAUGUGGUACACUACAGCACAUUAGAACUUCUCAGUGAACUAUACUUUACUGGUCACCAAAUACUGACAUCUAGAUAGUGUGAAGUGUUUUUCUGGCAGCGAACCUUCUCAGAUCAGAAUAUUCAGAUUUUAGGUAUUUUUGUAUAUCUUAGAUUAAUCUUAUUUUUUCUUUUGUUACUUUUGUAUUCAGAAGAUAAGAGCAGUUAUACAGCUUGUAUUUAUUUUGGGAAUUCGUAUUAGGUUUUAAAACAUCCAACAUACCUUGACAGGAACUGAUGUGAAACGGAAUACAGACGUCAUGCAAAAUAAAUCAUAUAGCUUUACAAUGUUGUGUUUUAUCAGCAGAUAUGCUAAGAAAUCCAAGUACAUCUGUCUCUUCUGGGUUCUGCCACAGAUUUACACAUCUGUGUGCUGCUCUGAAAACUGCUUGGUUUUUAAAGACACUUUAAAAGCCACUGACAAUGGUUAAGGUGUGACCAAAUGAAUAACUUCAGUAGAUGUUCAUGGUUCUAAUAUGUUGCUUUACUAUCUUAAUGGGGCUCAAACUUUACAGCUAGCCUUUACAGUUCAACUGAAUGUGUAUUUCUAUUUUAAAAUGCAUUGACAUCUAACGUUAUGGUGAUAAUAUUACUCAUGACUUUGUAUAUAAAUAUAUCUGUAAUUCUAUACUAGGGUAUAUUUACAUUCUGUAUGUAGUAAUGGUAAUUAUGUACAGGUCUUUUUGUAUACAGUUUUUUACAGAUUGAAAUCUGUAGAUAAAUGUUGAUUUUUGCCAGCCUUUCUGUAGUUAUCAUGGGCAAACAACUGUAUAUUUGCUUGUAAUAAAACCAAAA